AUGAAGUCUGUGAUCUGCAUUUUGAUUCUCGCCCUCGCCUCGGCGCACGCCGGCCUCCUGCCACACCAUGGCCACGACACACACAUUGUUGAAGCUGGCCAUCAUGUCGAUAUCCCACACGGCAGCGGCAUCCAUCUCGGCCACUCAUCCGCCAUUGUGAUUGACGCUAGCGGCGAUUCGCAACACAUCGAUGCGCAUCCUGUCUACCACCAUGACGAACACAGCGCUCAUAUCGACGUACAUCCUGUUGUGCAUGACGCACACCACGGUAUUCAUCACGAAGUCCACCAUGAUGUGCACCAUUCCGCAGCGGCCGCGAAAAUUGUCCACCACGAAUCCAUCCACCAUGUGGAGCCAGUGCAUCAUGUGACCAAGGUGGUGCAUCAUGAGCCCCAUCACUUCCUGCAUUACGUCAAACCUGUGAUUGACCAUCAUGUCAUCCACCAGGACCACCAUCACGAUGAGCACCUGCACGCCCACGAUCUGCAUCACGCCGAAGCUUAUCACGGUCCCCUCCUCCACCACCAUGCGCGCAUUGUCGAUCACCAUCACCACCACCACGCCGCUCUGGUGCACCAUGUACCUGCUCACCACACUCACGCCGCAGUGGUGCAUAAAAUCUACCCGGGGGAUGCGCAUCAUAGCAACAUUCUUGCCUUCGCCCGCCACGCCCUCCACGGCAAAUACGGCAAAGUUAAGAUCACCGAGAAGCUUUACUAA